AUGGAGUGUAACAAUGGUCCUGCAAGGGGUAAGAUAUACUCUGGUGGUCAACUUCUCAGCCAAUCUUGUUCCGGCAGAGCCAGCCUGUAUAAGCUGAUAAGUUCUAGUGAGACCAUUACCACUCAGUUCGGUUCCAGCCUUCUUAAAUAUCCUAUGCAAGCGUUGCCCGCUAUACUGGGUGUCAAAAUGGUGGGGAGCACAAACCCUGUGGCCAUGGCAAGGGACUUUAAAAACCAGCGAGUGGUAGUGACGACACUACCAGAAAGUAACGACCUAAAUUGGCCAAUUCCCCAAGUUCCCGGAGCCAAGUACAGCUGGCUCAAUCAAACCAUGACGAAGCCAUUAUCACGUUGCUGCAGCAAGAACAGCAAAAGCUUUAUCCGCGAAAACGACGUUGCAAGACACAUCACUAAAUUUUGGAAACAUGACAUGAAACUCGGGGUUAGCCGCUGGAACCCACCAACAAGCGAGGCUAGUGCAUACAAGAACUUGUUGCUGGCAAGCUUUUGGCAUUCGGUGGUGAUCAAGGCGUGGAGCGAAUAUAACCUUCAUAGCAUCUCCGUUGCAGCCUUGCCGCAACUGUCUGCAGCUUGGCAAGAAGGUUCAUUUCCACUCCGAUAUGCAAUUACCCGAAGAUGCCCCCAUGCUAAGGAUCACGGCGACCCCUCGUGCUCUGGCCAUGACAAUGAUGAUGGGGAAUUUGGCCGGCCCGUUGAGUGGGUGUUUGGACCAGAUGGAAUAGACUCGCUCCAGAUCAUGCUACGUGGCGUCUCCUGUUACAGACAAAUAAAACUCCAGGUUCUUUUACACAGCCGCCAAUUGGCCGAUGUACAGAAAGAGGCUGCCUCAUAUCCUAUCUGA